AUGAACAAAAACGGAACCGCUAAAAUGAAUGAUAAUCAAAUUAGAGCAGAAGGUAGAAGGUUAUUUAAACGCUUCUAUAACAUUCCUGAUGGCGUUAAUCCUAAAACUCGUAGAAGCUAUUUAAAUGAAGCAAUAGAUGCAUAUGAAGGGUUUGACAUUUCAUCAGAAAGUGAGAGAUUAGCGAGAAUGUUAAAUGUUAAUAUUGAUUUCUAUUAUUGUGAUCCUCAACCAGAAGACGUGGACAUAAAUAAGGUAGACUUUCCAUUAGUGGAAUCAAUAAUGAUAGAUCCAGAAUUUGAAACAGUAAAUAUUUUAUUAACACAGAGUCCAUGUGGAAAACUUCACGCUGACAGAAUAACAGACGUUGAAGCACUCACCGGCUAUAGAGUUUGUCCAUAUUGUAAAGAAGAAGUUUAUUCUAUCCGUGAUGAUCCAGAAAGGAAAAACCAAAGAAGAUUUUUAAAGCAUUGUGAGAAAUGUAAAGAAAAUAAUGGAAGAUUAAUUCAAGACGUUCAAUUGCAAAAGACACAGCAACCAUAUGCACCACAUAUUACGAAACAGAAGAUAUAUCAGUGGUUAUUAGCUCACAAUUUGCAGGAAUAUUAUCAACCGACAAGAUAUUAUAUUACUUUUGACUUUGAAACAUUAGAGACUAAAGAAGAAUUACAACUUUCUGAGU